AUGUGGAACGACGUGGAGCUUUUGGUCAACGAGGAUUCGGCCACUGUCCGCUUUGGCAGCGCGGCGGAAACAGAGGGGAAUGGCAGCAGCUUGUAUCAAGUGGACACGCUGGUCAAGGUGUCUUCCGGCGAGGCGGCGACAGCAGGUCACUUCUACUGCAUCAAUGGCACCAAUUGGGGUCUUCUCGUCGCCGACCAGACGCUCAUCCUCUUUGAGGGCAACUACCAAAGCAUCUUGUUGCUACUUCACUUUGAAAGCGUUGUGGACGCUGUGGAUGUGUGCCUGGAAGGGCAAUUUUUGUUGGUGUGCGAGAGAAACGGCAACCUGCACUUGGUCUUUGUUCCACUCAAGAGAAUCCUUCUAACCAGGGCGCUGGUUGUCAAAGCGGGCGACGAUGAUGAGGACGAUAGGAAAACGUACCACGCUUUGGUCAUAGAGGAGAACAAGGCAUCACCAGGCCUGCAUCAUGUUUUUGUGGUGGUAGCGGACGGUUUCUUCCACAUCAGCAACCUUCCUUUGGACAAGAUCAAAACGGCUGUCGAAAAGACCGACAUGGCCGCUUUAAAAGAGCUUCAAAGUUUGAUCAAGAUCGACUUCUGCUCCACUGUCACGUAUCACGGCCGUAGUUGCAGCAAGGCAGUUGCCUUCACUUUGGCCAAUCAAAUCCACUUAUUGAUCGGGGGAGCUGAGGAACACGCCGUCACUCACUGGACCGUGAACCCUUAUCAAAACAACAUGUGCCUUCUUCAUUCUGUGGACAACUCUUUGAUCGCAGGUGUUAAAAAAAUGGUGGUGGUGGGCAAUCUGGUGUACGUUCUUGACACAGAGGAAUUGCUGAGUGUUUGGGAAGUGCAUUUGAUGGUGAUGGUGGGCUUGUGGCCAAACGUCGCGCUGGCAGAUUUUGAACUUAUCACCGAGUGCGACUCGGUGGACCAACUCGGGCGUUUGGCAGACGGCCACAUGAAAAUGCUAACCUUGGAGAAGCAAUACCAGAGUCAGACGAAAUCGCUAAGGAUUCGCUGUUUACCCUCCAUGAGCGUUUGCUACUGCCUGGAUGUUUUCUUCGUGUCCUGCUUGGUCCAGACAAAAAUAAGCAUGGACACCUUUUAUUUCGUGGAGGGAGUUUGUUGCAUGCUAGGAAGCGGGGGGGAGCGGCCUUCCUCCCUGCAUAUCAGAUGCCUGACGGAGGCUUUGCCGGAGACCAGGCUGAGCAGACUUCUUCACAAGCGCAGUUUUGAAGAGGCUGAAAAGUUUGCCGCUCUAUUUGAGCUGGAUUUGGAGCUGGUUCACAAGGUGAAGCUGGACUUUGUGUUGGAGCAGCUGGCAUCGGCGGACGACUGCGAACAAGAUGAAGUCUCCCGACUUGUGGAGGAGGCCAGAGUGAACCUAAUCAAAAUCGACGAUGAGGCAUAUGUUGCGGAUUACUGCCUGAAGGCUCCGUGGCCCACCUGGGAGACGGCCGAGAAGAUGCUGAGCCAUGCUGCCGCGCGUUUCCCAUCCGCACGUCUCCACGAGGCCUUAGCCAGGCUGGUGACCUUCUGCGGCCUUUGCGGCCAGGAAAAAUUCAACGGCGUCGCCUGGAUCAAGUUCCUCAACUCCACCGACAUGUUUGGUGAUAUUCUGAGUCGCCUGAGAAACGGAGACUUUCGGGGUGCGCAACUCCUUUGGCUGAAAUACGAGGGCCAGAUUGCAGACGGCUUCGAUGAGACUGGCCUUCGAGCCGUCUUGGACGCCAUUCCGGAAGAUCUGCCCUCCAGAGACCUGUGUCCUUGGUUCAGGAGCGUUUUUCUUCCGUUUGUUUGGAAAUGGCUUCCAGCGGGACAGAAAAUCCUGGCCCGAUGGAUUGAGCAGAGGGUACGCCAUCUGGAGCUCAUGGAAAAGAGCACUUGGCCACAAAACGGGCUGGCCUUGGCAGAGCUCGGACUGCCGUCUUUGUGGUCAUGGAUGAAAUCUGAUGGUGUUUGCGGCUCAGAAGAGGUGGAGAACUUGCGCACCUUGGUGUGCAACCUGCGUCAGCUUCUUCACCUUGACGCCAAAUACAAUUGCAGACUCUCGCUCUCGCUCGUCGAGAAGGGAAAGGCAGCGGGCGUGGCCUUUCUCAUGCUGGACAAAGUGGCGGCUCCGCCGUUGGUGGCCGCCGCCGUGAAAAACCACAUCCUUCCGUAUGCCGAGGAACAAGGCCUCGCUUUAGACGAGCUGCUCCUACAUUACAUUAAGGAGAUGCUGGGACGUCACAGCUCUCAAACCAACACACUGUUCACUGCGUGGGAAGCCAAAGCAGUGGCAGUGCUGGGAUGCAUGGCUGAUACAGACCUGAUGGCAGACGCCGUGCUGGAGAUCAUGCAGAAAGCAGUGAUUCCUUGGAGUAAGCUCGUGGAGGAGCUGGUUCAGCGCUACCUGGAGGCGCCCGGACCCAAGUGUGAGCUUUUGCGCGAGGGCUACCGGCUGAUGGAAAUCCGUAUGAUUCUGCGGGGCUAUGGGAUCCGCACUUACAACAUCGCCAACAGCGCUCAAAUCAUGGUGGUGGUGAACUACAUCUUGAAGCGGGACUCUCCCACGAGCCUGCGGGACGCCCUGAGCCUGGUCCGAGCGUGCAAGCUUCCCACCUGGCACGUCAACUACCUGCAUGCGGUGCGGCUCAUCGGCCGAGGCGAGAGCGACGCAUCCGCGGCAGCGCUCAAGAGUUUGCCCGCCGAAGAGGUGACCCUCGUGAUGGAGCGCCUCGCGUCCUGGGCCAAGAUAGCGCUGGAAGACAAAGUUUGCUUAUCCCCUGAUCACGAGAAAGAGAAGCUCGUCAUUGGCCGGGCGAUGGUGGAGGCGCUCAAAUAUCAACGCGUCAUACACAAAAAUGACGUCCUUAAAAGCAUGACGUGUGAAGAGGAUCUCCUUAUGUUCCAGGCUAUCGCCCAGCUGCAGGAGUGUUUUGAAAUCUUCACUUCCCCUGCGGAAUACGAAGAUCCGGAAAUCAGGAAUGAGGUCUGGGAACGUUGCGAGGCGGUGGCCGAGCACGAGCCUGGCCCCAGGACAGACGCUGGCCUGCGCCGCCUGGCCCGCACGCUCCGUCGGGGGCCGCAGGAUCACCUUUCCCAUUUGGCUCUGGGAGCCUUGGUGACGGACCGCGUUUCCGAAGCCCUCGCCGUCCUCGACGAGCUGUACAAACACCACAUGGACGCGGACACGGGAGAGGCUCUGUUCAGCGCCGCCAGAACUUUGUGUCGGAUGCUGGACGCGAUGGCGGAGGACGCCGACCUGCCGGCCACCGUCUACCAGCUGGCCUGCCGGGCCGCCACACUGUGCCACCCUGACUUGUUGCUAGACUGUUUGGAGCUUUGCAAGUCAACACGGCUCUCCAUGGAUAUUUCUCACCAGUGCCAAUUGUCUGACGACUACGGCUUCACCCAGGAGCAUUUGUCUUUGGGCACUGAGAAAGAACCCUACUGCGAGUGGCUCUUCCAAGAUUUCUUCCAUGAAGAUUGCAUCGUUUUGGACCCCGUCUCCGUCUUGCCCGUACACUACCAAAUGACCAACUGCUUGAUGCCCGUCUCCCAAGAUGAGCCAAUGUACCCCCUGGACUGUUCCUGCCUCCCACUCUGCUCAUUUCAAGACGGUUCCGACUACCUGCGGCCUCUGCAGGGUCCCCUACGCCACAUUUUGCAGCAGUUCCAGGAAUGCGGUCAGCUGGAGUCAGCCCUCGGGGUGCUGCUCCACUGCUACGCCGGGUGCUUGCGGCACAUCACCUCCAACAUCAUGGACCCCAAGACAGCUGCCCAACUUUACGAGCCACAAAGGCUGAAAAUGUACAACGUGACCUUAAAGGAAGUGCACAAGACUGCCGCCUCGUCCCUGAAAUCCAUCGCUGUGGCUCUGCUUUACAAGGUGCUCAAUUGGAGGACGGUGGAUGUGGAUUGGGCCAUGGGGCUGUGCACGCUUCUCUCCAAAGAAGAGGCCUUUGAAAUCCUUUGGAAGGUCAUCUACGACACAUGGGAAAACUACUCCAGGGCUUUGGCGGCGGCCAGGAUUGGGGCCCGCCUUUGCCACUUGCACAAUUGCACCGAGGAAAUGAACAAGUUUCUGUCCGCCAUCACCGACGCCCAAUGGGGCGUCCUUCUGGCCGAGACCGAGGUUUCCAUGCGACCUGUCUUUCUGCGGCCGCCCGAGGCCAAGGGCGCACUGAUCCCCGUUCUGGUGGAGAACAAGCGGAUGGAUCCGGAUGUCAUCCUUCAGUACUGCAGCGCUUACGGUUUAGACGCCGAUAACGUCAUCGGCCUGUACGUGGGCACGGUGCUGCUGCAGGAAGAAGACGGGGACGACGGCCACGCCCGCGCGCUGGAGCGGGUUCUAGCCGUUGUCCCCAAGCUGCGGCAAACCGAGGAGCUCGUCACCACUCUCGCUGAGCUGCUCUUCAAGCUGAGUCCGUACAACUAUGAGAGGAUCGAGGUGGUGCUGAAGAUUUUACAGGCUGCUGAUGACAAUGUGCCUGGCUUUUCUGUCGCUCAGGCAACGGGCUUGCUACAGCACUUGAAGUCCUACAAGCGCACGGCGCCCCCUUCAGACAUGGAGCGCGCCUACUUUCUGGAGAAGGACCUGUCAGCUGGUCCCCUGGAUAGUGUCAGACUGCCUUUUCACCUCCUCUUGCAGAGCACACACUACUGGAAGGUCAUCACUCCGGAGCUGAGCGAGGAGACCUUCCCAACUCUUCUUUUAAUCAGCAAACUAAUGAAGGUGAGCCUGGAUAAGCUCUACAUGCUAGCAGCCGACCGCAUCUUCGAAAGUAAGAUGAAGCCCUUGUUCCUGGAGCGACAGCGUGGCAAGGAUAUAGAGAAGGUGGCCCUGAGCGUCAUGAACUUGGUGCGGCACAUCCAGAACCGGGAAUGGGCGGCCGCCACAGCCCACAAGCUCACACAGGAGCUGCCGCCGGGUUACGAGAAGACGCAGUCGCUCUGGUUCUGCUUGACGGUGGGAAAAACGUGGCUGGACGAUCCCGACCUGGAUGACGGUGCGCGGUCCCGAGGGGAGGCCUUCUUGUCCAAGGUGCGGCUGCAGCUCCCGCGCUCCGGCACGGAAGGCGUCUUGACAGCUAGGGGCCUGGCCGACCCCGAGCUCCUCAAGCUCGGCGGGGAUCCCGACGGCCUGGUGGCUGCCCUCUACCAGCACGCGAGCGUGGAGCGGCGCUUCAGGGACUCUGUAGCGGCGACCUAUCCUGACAUCAAUGCGGCAGUGGCGGAAAUAGCCGCCAUCAACCAGGUGGAUCUUGUUCAAAUCCAGAACACACUUUUGGAAAAGUGGAUCUGCAAAACGGGAUCCGCGGCGGCCGAGGAAGCUGUCAACGACUUGAAAGUGGAUCCAGACUUAAUGAGGGCGGUGUACAUGCUGCAGUCUCGACCCGCAGCCAAAGCAUUGUGCCUUCUAAGCGCUGUCCUGUCGGCCGAAACCUGGCCCCUGAGCCGAUCCGGACCCCGUCUGACCUACUGCCACCGAACCCGAGCGCUUUUUUGCCUGGUCCGGCUGGCCGACGCCCAGGACCUGGAGUCUCAUUUGAAGAUACCCGCUGCGCAACUGGAGCAGUAUCUGAGAUGCUACGUGUGGGUGUCACGUCUGGAGGCGCUGAACAUUCCCUACACCUUGUCGUCCUUCAUGAGUAGCCCCAAAGAGGGCUUGAUCAAAGGGCUGUGGAAGAACCGCAGUCACGAGCCGCAGGCAGUGCGCUUGGUGGCUGAGCUUUGCCUGGAGUACAAAGUGUACGACCCUCAGCUGUGGAACGCUCUUCUCCAAAAGAUGCUCUGCUUCAACCUGAUUGACGACCUCCAGAAGGUGCUAGAAAGCACUGUCGCCGUGCCUGACCUGUGGGAGAUUCCCAGUUUUUCCCGGACCUGGAAGAGUACACUACUGGCGCCGUUCGCUUCGGCUUCUCUGCCACUGAACGUAGAUCAACGAUCGACGCUCCGCAGGACCUUUGCUCUUCUUCUCAAGUGUCCCCUGUUGUCGAGCGUGAACCUGAACGGAAUCGCCCAAGGCUUCGACCGCCUAAAUCUGCUGCCCUUCGCCUUGGGGACGCUCUUGCUCAUUCCUUGCGCUGGCGAAAAAGAGCAACGGCUUCAGGCCUUUCUUUCCGAACACGAGCCGCUCGCUAUACUGGAGCAGGAAGACCUGGUGAACACCGGAGAGUUUGCCGGCAUUCCGUGGCAGAUCAGGGAGAUUGUCAGCACCUACAUGAUCCGGCGCGGUCAAGAUGGCGAGCUAGCCAAGACGAAUCAGUUACCCGUUCCGCCGGUAAGUCUGACUUUGUUGGCCUGA